AUGUUGCAAAUAACACUUUUCAUAUUAGCUGCUGCGCAAGCGAUUGCGCUACCCUUGUUACAAACAGAUACUUCCACAAACGAGGCCAGUACUGGGAGUACGUUAGGCUUGCGAACUUUAAUUGUUGGUUCAACAUCCGACUCUGUCAUUCUACCAAAGAAUGUAGUUCAAGGAUAUGGUUCACCAUUUGAUGUCAUUGUUGGUGCACAACCCGACUUGGCUGGUCAUGGCUGGCAUUCGAUAGUAGUAGCUGAUAGCGAUGUGAAUCAAACUUGGGUUCGUGAGUACGCCGCACGAACUCGUGCACGACUUGUAUUUUUGCAAUCAACUGCAGAUGCCAAUGAUUCUACUGUUCUGGGUGUUCAGGAUAUGUUUUUUGACCCAUCGUUUCAAAAUAUAACGGUAGCGGAUUCAGACAACGCUAGGCAAUUGGCCGGUGUUUUGAACACGACUUCAAGUUGGAAUGUGUCUGAGACCGCACCUUCAGCCGUCUCGGUUGUGAACACAACCAUGACUACCCCCUUUCUGGUGUAUGAUUAUGAAACGAUCUCCGCUGAUUCCGCGGUAGCCGCGUUUGUUGCCAAUACUACUCUAGGAACUGAAGAGAUGCAUUUUCGUUUUCAUGCGAACCAGGCCGGACUUGGGGCGAAUUUUGUGCCCUUCUACACCUUAUCUACCGAAUACACACAAAUGAAUUUAGCACUAGGACAUAGUUGGUAUGAAUGGGUUACGAGGGGAGUGUUCCUCGGGUACCGUCGGUUGACCAUGAAUAUACAUGUCGAUGAUUGGUUUAUUAACUCAGGAAUCAAAUACACAAAUGAAGCUUGGAAAAUCAACAGUAGUGAUGUAGAAACAUAUGUGGCGUGGAGAAAAGACUUCAUCGAGAACGUAUUGCCUGCUGGAUCUAACUUCAAAUUGGAACCUGCUUACAAUGGUGCUGGUCUAGGUAUGUCCGGCUACGAGGAUACGUCGUUGAAUGAAGCAUCGUAUGAGUACGCUGCCGAGUUCGAUUGGAUGUCUCACACUUGGACCCACAUGAAUAUGGAUUGGCUGGAGGACUGGCAGUGUGAUGGUAAGCAUAAAGAGUGUAAUCCUCUUCCUGAGCAUUACGAUGCUGAGCUUGGCUACAAUCAAAAGGUCGCCAGGGGCGAGGGUAUAGCUUCUGACGAAUAUAUUGAUUUGUAUUACGGACAAAUUGCCACCCCGCCUCACCAGUUCCUAGACAACCGCACAGAAUUAAUGGAAAAUAAUUACUCGCCAAAGUCUUUGGUAACGCCCGAGAUUACUGGUCUGUGGCCAGCAUCUUAUAACGGGACACCACCAGUAGGCCGAAAACCAUACCUCAGGAACACUUUGUUCUUUUCCAAGUUGGUCGAGUACGGAAUCGAAAACGUUGUCGGUGACAACAGCAGGCCUGAAUUGAAUGCCGAGGUCAUGUAUCACGCAGUGGUCAGCACAGAAGAAGAGUACGGCACUGAUGGUAUCCUUAUUAUACCUCGUUGGAGUCCCAAUAUACCCUUCAAUUGCAAAGAUUUGGAUUGUGUGGUUCGCUUUUAUGAUGAGGGUGCCUGCUAUUGGACGACAUACGGAGCUCCAUGUAAUGAUAGUCAAGUGUGGACUGGGGCAGAUGCCAUCAAUCGUGAAGCCAAAUCUAGCACUAUUCCUCUCUUGCAACAACGUUGGGACCCAUACAUGUUCCACCAAGCCAAUGUGCAUGCACAGCCCUACCAUAAUACGUCCAUCCCCUUAGUCGGUCAGUUUGUGCAAGAUGUAGCUGAGGAUGUGCUACGGUAUGUCACGGGGCUGCCAUUCAUUAGUAUCAAGAUGGAUGACUUGGGAGUGAUGUACAGAGAGCGUAUGGCAAGAGACAAUGCCGAGCACUAUGGAACACUUAAUUUGGAUGAAUUUGGUAAUCCUGUCAGUAUUCUGGUUUCCGGCGAUGACAAAUUUAGGGUAGCUCUCACCAUCACAGCGACCUCUCCCAUGUCCUUCAUGGAGCAGGAGGAUGUUUCUCUUUAUGGAACAGAUCAGAGCGUUUUCGAGUGGGUGGAGAACAACGUGCCCGCUGCCUUCAAGGUCUCCGGCUCUAUGUAAAGUAGCAUAGGGUCUAUCAAGCUCUUGUAAUCAA